AUGUCGGACCUGUCCACCCUCCUCCCCACCUACCUCCCCCCCCCCUGCCACCUCCCGCUGCUCUCCCUCAUCGAGACCGCCUCUCUCACAUGCGCCGACCUCCUCACGCUCUCUUCGCCCGAGAUAUCACGGCGGCUCAGCUCGCUCCGCAGUCCUGCGCCACCACUUCUAGACAUAAAGCGCUUCCUUGCUGGACUCACCGCCGCGUUCGCCGCCGACACUUUGUGCGAGAGCGCUGCAAAGCUGAAAGAGAGGGAGACGAGGCUUACGACGGGCGAUGUCGCGAUAGAUAGGAUGCUCGGUGGAGGCGUGAGAGCGGGCGGGAUUACGGAGUUGGUUGGUGAGAGCGGCGCGGGCAAAACGCAAUUCCUGCUCACGCUCGCUUUGACGAGCCAACUCCCCCGCUCUCUCGGCGGGCUGGGUCGGCGCGCGGUGUACAUAUCGACGGAAGCGCCACUGUCGACGCCGCGACUGGUGCAGCUAGCAGGAGCGCUGAAUUCACGGCUGGCCCCCGAUCCGCCCGUGAGCACCGACAACGUCCUGGCCAUUACGUGUAACGACCUCGAGACGCAGGAGCAUAUUCUGCGCUUUCAGCUGCCCGUGGCGGUGGCGCGCCACGACGUGGGCCUGGUCAUUGUCGACAGUAUUGCCGCGAACUUUCGCGCGGAGCUGGAUCGGCCCGCGGUCAAUAAGCGCGUGAAGAUGUCGUCGCAGCAGCAGCAGAGCGGCCCGGCGCAGCUGGCGCGGCGCGGCGGGGAGCUGGUGGCGGUCGCGCAGGGCCUGCGGGAGCUGGCGCGGCGGCAUAAUUUGGUCGUUGUUGUGGCGAAUCAGGUGAGUGACCGGUUCUCGCGCGGUGGGGAUCAGCAGGACGGCGACGGGGAUGGGGAUGACGAGGAUGUAUACUCGCUCGACUUCCAGAGCCGGUGGUUUACGGGGUGGAACGAGGCGGUCGAGCCGCAAGGCGCAAAGGUUCCCGCGCUCGGGAUGGUCUGGGCCAAUCGCCUGGCUGCGAGGUUUGUGCUGAGGAAGGCGGAUGAGGAUAGGGGGUUGCGCAGGAGGAUCGGGGUGGUGUUUGCGGGCUGGGCGAAGGGCGGUGAGGAGAUGGAGUUUGAGAUCUGGGAGGGGGGCGUGAGGGCCGUCAAGGAGAAGGAAGAAGAAGAAGAGCAAGAGCAAGAUGCAGGACCCAAUAACCCCUAA